CUUGCUGGCCAUCAUUGAUCAGCCAGACACGGACAACAACAAAUCAGUGACCCGAACUGCGCCUCACCACACCACAACACCAGCUCUAGCCAGCAAAGUAUUCGAGCAGAUAGAAACAUAAAUACUAGGACUUUUAUGACCAAUGCUUGAGUGAUGUAAACACGUGAAAGGAGACGAAAUAUUAGUAGGGUGACGGUGAGCCAAGGCAGAUGUAAGCAGAGACAUGAUGACAAUGAACGGAGAGGCUUAUGGCAGUAGGUUCGGGGUGGAUGAUGACGAUGACGAUGAUGAACAUGACGGCCCAGGCAGGCACGUGUCUCCCCCAGAGGACCCCUGCAGCCUCAUAUACCUGGCCCUGGUGCUGGCGGGUGUGGGCUUCCUCCUCCCUUACAACAGCUUCACCAUCGCCGUCGACUACUUCCAGUGUCGUUAUCCAGGCACCACCAUCGUCUUUGACAUUUCCAUAGUGUAUAUCUUUGUGGCAUUUGGUGCUGUCCUUCUCAACAACCUGGUGGUGGAGGUGGUGCCCCUAAAUGUGCGGAUUGUGUUUGGCUACGUGGUGUCGUUGGUGAUGCUUCUGUUCGUCAGCUUCUUUGAAAUCUGGUGGUCUGACACGUUCCCCCCAAGCCUGUCCUAUCGCGUCACUCUGCUUUCCGUGUCUGUUGUGGCUCUCGGAUGUACAGUUCAACAGUCGAGUUUCUAUGGCUACACUGGAAUGCUGCCCAAGCGAUACACACAAGCAGUCAUGACCGGCGAGAGUACAGCAGGACUCAUCAUCUCUGGAAACCGCAUCGUGACCAAGCUGCUUCUGGACGACCAGCGGACCAACACCAUGAUUUUCUUUGUGCUGUCCACCGCCUUUGUCCUGCUCUGCCUCGCCACACACCUCGCCGUGCAGCGGACCACCUUCAUUCAGUUUUACCUCAACAUGUGUCGCAUCACGGAGGACACAGAGGACCUGAAGCGCAUCACCCUGGAGCCCUCAGACGAGUCCAUCCUGGCUGACAUGGGGAGUCUCGGCGGUGUGGGUGGUUGUGGAUCGUACGGUGGAACCAUGACCCCCUCCGACUCCACUGCCACCUUCCACUCGGCCUCCACCCUGCCUGUCUCCGCCUCCGUUGAUCCGGUGGACUCUCAGGCGCCAAGUUACAGGGUGGAGCAUGUCAUCUUGGGGCAGGUCAGGGCUGGAAGGGUAUCUGCUUACACCCACUCCAUCCGCAUGUGGUCUGCUGUGAAGAGGGGAGUGGUGGCGCGGUGGCGAGUGAGUCGCAGCGUGUGGCAGUACAUGCUGGCCAUCGCACUGGCAUACUUCGUGACGCUGUGCCUGUACCCGGGCAUCGUGACGGAGGUGGCGUCCUUCCGCUUGGGUUCCUGGAUGCCUGUUGUCAUGAUGGCCACCUUCAACCUGUUUGACUUCAUUGGCAAGGUGUUAGCAUCAGUGCCAUAUGACUGGACACGGCGGCAGCUGGUGGGCGGCUCCGUGGCUCGCAUCCUGUUAGUCCCCCUCCUGAUGCUGUGUGCUGGGCCACGGGUCGCUCCUUUUGUGCCAGGAGAGGCCACACCACUCCUCCUGACGGCCCUUCUUGGUCUCACUAAUGGUGUCUUGGGAUCUGUGCCGAUGAUUCUGGCGCCGACGAAGGUGCCGGAUGAUCACAGAGAGCUCACUGGCAACAUAAUGACCCUCUCGUACUAUGUGGGACUGACUCUCGGAGCCUCGGUCGCCUACGGGCUGGAUGACGUUCUCGGCCCCCAUGAUGUCACACGCUGUCAAGGCCUCGGGAUGGUCUCCGCUCAGCUGCCUAACGGUACGCUUACUUCUGAGUGAUUGUGUGUGUGUCUGUGUUUGUGUAAGAGUGUGUUGGUUAAAGUCAGGACUGUAUUUUGAAACACUUAUAUGCUGCACUGCCAUUGCAUUCAGAAGGCUCUUUGUGAAGUUACAUGGGUCUUUCAAGGGUGUUUUUUACGGUUGUAGUGACAGAUUAACAAGAUUUCUACAUUAUUGACGGGAGAAACACUCUUGAGAACCUGGCUAAUCAUCUCUGUGGCCUUUGAAAAUAGUUGUGGUGAGAGCAGUGUUUCUGAAUACGGGUCCAGGGUGUAGGUGUUGUGUGGGUUAUGUGGUUGAGAUUUUGUGAGGUGAGAGAUGAGUAAUGAGUAGUUUGGCAUUUGGUAGGGUGAGUAAGAUGAUGUUGAACAAGGCACUGGGCAGGGUGGGGGACACAGGCAUUAGUGACAGACAGGGUGAGGAGAUAAGAGUAAUGAGUAGUUUGGCUUUAGGUAGGAUGAAAAGGGUGAAGGAAUAUAUAUUUUAGUAAGAGAAAGGGUGAAGGAGACACAGUAAAUAUGAAGGUAAGAGGAUGAAUAUAUAUUUUAUUGAGAGCCAGGGUGAAGGAGACAAACACAGUAAUUAUGAAGGUAAGAGGGAAUGUAAGAAUAAUUUGUUACCUUUCAUCUAUAAACCCUUUGUAUUGUAGCCGUGGUUUAGCCAGUACUUGAGAAAACACUCUAUUUAUCAGUGCUGUGGAGGAGAAAGAAACAUUGCAAGUGUGAAGAUACGGACGACUGAAAGAAUAAGUUUAAUUUUUUUGUUUUUGUCUCCAAGUCCUUUUGUAUUCUAGUGAUGUUUAGGUACUUCAGAAUGCACUCGACCAAUCAGUACUUUGAAGGAGAGAGAUGAAAGAUAAAGAUAAAGAAGAUAAAGGAGACUGCAGCUUGAUGAUAAGAAUGUUUGAAAGAAUCAGUUAUCAGCUUCCAUCUCUGAGUACUUUGCAUUGUAGCCGUAUUUUAGUGAGCACUGGAGUCACGCCAUGCUGAUCAGGAACAGUGGUAUGAAAAUAAGAGAGAUUGUAAGAAUGAAUUGUUGUCUUUCAUCGGGAGACACAGAGAGAGACGUACCCAAUACCCAGAAGAGAAUUGUCUAAAAGCAAAUAUAGAAAAAUUAGGAGGAAAAGUGUCUUGAAACUAGUAGAUGUUGUCAGGGGUGCUUUUGUAUUUAGGGAGAGAAAAUGUAGGCCCUUUAUUGUAGCAGGAGACAGAGGGACAUAACCAGAAGACAGUUGGCAAAAAGAAUAAAGAAAA